GUCUUCGCUCCCAGAAAUCCUUAAAACCUCGUCCAUCUGCCCCCGCGCCCCUCCUCCCUCGAACCCCGUCGCCAUUUCCGAUCCAAAGAAGGGAUUCCGCGGAGGGACGAAGAGGGAGAUGGCGGAGGGAGAGGCGAAGGCGGUGAUACCGGAGUCGGUGCUGAAGAAGAGAAAGAGGGAGGAGGAGUGGGCGCUGGCGAAGAAGACGGCGCUCGAGGCCAGUAAGAAGAAGGACCGCGAAAACCGCAAGGUUAUCUUCCCCAGAGCGCAGCAAUACGCCAAGGAUUACGAAUCCCAGGAGAAGGAGCUCAUCCGCCUGAAACGCGAGGCGAGGUUGAAGGGAGGGUUCUACGUCAGCCCCGAACCCAAGCUUCUCUUUAUCAUCCGAAUCCGUGGUAUCAAUGCCAUGCACCCGAAAACCCGAAAGAUUUUGCAGCUCUUGAGGCUUAGGCAGAUAUUUAACGGUGUGUUCUUGAAAGUUAACAAGGCCACGAUAAACAUGUUGCGUCGGGUCGAGCCAUAUGUGACAUAUGGGUACCCUAAUUUGAAGAGUGUCAGGGAGUUGAUAUACAAGAGGGGAUAUGGGAAGUUGAACAAGCAGAGGAUUCCUCUGACAGAUAACUCAAUCAUAGAACAGGGCCUAGGGAAGUAUGGGAUUAUCUGCAUUGAGGAUCUCGUUCAUGAAAUCAUGACUGUGGGGCCACACUUCAAGGAAGCAAACAACUUCUUGUGGCCAUUCAAGCUUAAGGCACCAUUGAGUGGCCUGAAGAAGAAGAGGAAGCACUAUGUUGAAGGAGGGGAUGCAGGAAACCGCGAGGACUACAUUAAUGAGCUCAUCAGAAGGAUGAAUUAGACUUUUCACUUCAGAGGUUUUACUGUUGUCUGUUUUUGUUGAAGGCAGGUAACUUAACUUUAGAUCCAUCUUUUUCAUAAUUGAAGAAGGCAUUUACUUGUAGUGGAGGAAUCAUGACACUGGUAUUUCGGUUUUUUGAAGGAUUGAAUUUAUAUUUGACACUUCUCGUCUGCGAUUUUAUGUUCAUUUUGUGAUUA